CUAUGCGUAUACGUUCAUGGUGUUAAGAAAUAGGACUGAUAUUUUGCUCAAGUGCCAUUUGACUCCGACAGGCUCGAUAGUAACGGCUGCUAAACCCCAGAACCCUCCCACUGUUGUAAUGCCAGAAUCGGUGUCCCCUUCGGCUCCUCCACCCCCACAGGCUUCAGAGAGUACCCCCCCACCCCCCGUGGGAUUGUAUCCGUUGAUUACGGAGAGUGUGGUAGCUCGUCCGGGAACUCAGGAACGGCCAGCACAGAUAGUAUCUGUCUACUCGCAUGUACCUUUUAACCCUGUACAUCCGGCUGCUUUUAAGGCAGAGGCAGGAGAAUUUUCAACGAAUCCAAGCAAGUUCAUUUCUAUCUUUGAAGGGUGUCUAGCUAGCCAUAAGCCUGACUGGGAUGAUUGUAAUAUACUUAUGAGAACCCUGUUGUCUGAAGUGGAGCGGAAUCAGGUUAUAGCCAAGGCUAAGGAUGAAGACAGAAGGCAUUUAAGGUUUAAAGGGAAAGCUAUUGGACACCAGAAGUUGUACAGAGUGGAAUCCUCAGAAGUGAGUGUGCUCGUCCUGGUUUGUUGCUUCAAAGCUCUGUACAGAAGUUAUGUUACUGGAAAGGUGUAUGAUGGCAAUGAGUAUGUGUUAAUGGUUGGAGAAGAGGUGUAUGAGUGAAGAGUGGAAGGUUCCUUUGGAAGUUAGAAGAAGCCGAGAAAGGGAGAAGGAAAGAGAACAGAAUGAGUUAACUGAGAGGAAAAUAUAGCUAGCAGCUCAGUCAUGCUGGCUCAUCCAAGGACAUUGUUCACAGCCAAGACUUGGCUGACAACCAAGAGAAAGGGGGGCCUGAAUGUGCCCAAGCAACUGUGAGAUCUGCAAAAUACUGCAAGGUAUAAUGAGGACAAACGAAGGGUUAAAAAGCAGCUUUGUUGGACAGUAUUGGCUCAAGGAUUUAAAAAUUCCCCCACUCUGUUUGGACAGGCUUUGGCCAAAGACUUGGAGGAGUGGGAUAAUUCAGACAGAGCCCUCCUGCUGCAAUAUGUAGAUGACUUGUUGAUUGCUGCUGUGGGUCUAAUCCCUUGUCUUAGAGCUACUGUGAGUCUCCUAAAUUUUAUUGGACUGCGAGGAUACAGGGUAUCUCAAAGCAAAGCCCAAAUUGCUCUUUUAGAGGUUCAAUAUCUGGGAUUUCACAUCAGGCAGGGAGAGAGACAGCCUCCUUCCUUUCGUUUGAGAGCUAUCUGCCAAGUUCCCAUCCCCAGCAACCGUAAACGGCUUAGGGCAUUCCUGGGCAUGGCAGGUUUUUGCAGAAUAUGGAUUCCAGAGUUUGGACUGUGGGCUAAACCUCUGUAUGAAUGUGUUAAGGGAGCGGAACAUGACCCCUUUCACUGGUCCCCAGAAGCGGACAGGGCAUUUAAAAUCUUGAAAAGGAAGCUUAUGGAAGCUCCAGCCCUGGGUUUGCCCGAUAUAUCUAAGCCGUUCCAACUGUAUGUGCAUGAACGAAAAGGGGUAGCUUUGGGAAUGCUUACCCAGCUAUUAGGUGCCUGGAAACGUCCUGUGGCAUACUUUUCUAAACAACUGGAUCAAGUUUCAAAGGGAUGGCCAGCCUGUUUGAAGGCGGUCGCAGCUACUGCUCUAGUGCUUGGGGAAGCUGAGAAGCUGACACUGGGAGGAACUGUGCAAGUGUAUGUUCCCCAUAUGGUCUGAGCCUUGCUGGACACUAAGGGUGGUCUUUGGCUCACACAGGCUCGGGUUGCUCGGUACCAGGCGAAGCUGUUAGAGAAUCCUGAAGUCACCCUGCAGAUCUGUCCCUCCCUUAAUCCAGCUACACUGCUACCAGAGACAGAAAAGCAGGAACAUGACUGUCUAGAAAUCAUAGAUGUUCAGUAUUCUAGCCGCCCAGAUCUAAAAGAUCAGCCACUCCCAAAUGCUGACUUGGAAUGGUAUACGGAUGGAAGUAGUACUGUUGUGGAUGGGCAAAGGAGGGCUGGUUAUGCUAUUGUGUCUCUUCAUGAUACCGUGGAAGCUGAGAGUUUAUCGACAGGAACAUCUGCCCAGCUUGCUGAACUAGUGGCCCUGACUCGUGCACUCGAGCUGGCAAAAGACAAACGGGUUAAUAUCUUUACUGACUCAAAGUAUGCUUUUGGGGUAUUGCAUGCUCAUGCUGGUUUGUGGAAGCAAAGGGGAAUGCUAACAGCCCAAGGCUCCCCGGUCAAGCAUGGGGCUCAAAUUCUCCGGCUUUUAGAAGCGGUACAACUCCCCUCAGCAGUAGCAGUGGUGCAUUGCAAAGCCCAUCAAAGGGAAGAUCAAGAUGUAUCCAAGGGUAAUGCCAGAGCAGACAGGGAAGCCAAGCGAGCUGCUACCCUGAAAUCACCAACUGAGGAGAAUGCCCAAAUGCAUGCCCUCAUCCCAUCAGUGGGUGAGCUUGCAGCCCCUCAGUACUCCCAAGAGGAUAGAAACCUGGCUGACAGUCUUGGUCUCCAGGAAAAAGAGGGAUGGCUUUGUUCCAUAGAGGGAAAAAUCCUCCUGCCCAAGGGCUUGAUUCGACCAGUGUUGCAGAAACUGCAUCAGACCACACAUGCAGGCAGAGAGGCUCUUACCCAGCUCAUGAAUAAAUAUUUUCUAACCUCUGGACUUAAACCCCUAGCAUCACAGGUACAGGCUGAAUGUUUAAUCUGCCAAAAGAAUAACCCUCGACCAGGAGUAGCAGUGCCACCAGCCACCCUGGAACCUACCCCAGGCCCAGGAUUGGUGUGGCAAAUAGACUUUACUGAGUUUCCCAGGACCCAAGGGUACAGGUAUACCAAAGAUUCACAGCCUCUUCUGCUGGAUACUCCGGUCCACUCCCUGCAGCCUGGUGACUCCGUUCUCGUGCGAACCUGGAAGGACGAGCCUCUCCAAGAGAAGUGGAAGGGACCCCACACCGUCCUGCUUGUCACCCAUACAGCGGCAAAGGUCAAAGGACACAAGAACUGGAUUCAUCACUCUCGACUGAAAGCAAUGCCCGCUCCUAAACAGUGGACUGUCCAGCCUGCAGAGAAGACUGCUAACGACGAUUUGGGACUUAAGCUGUUAUUCAAAAGACAGUAAGGGUCACUGGGAAUGCGUUGUGAUCUUUCUGAACAGUCACAGCAUACUCCCCGCGAGAACCCUGAGCAUUGGUUUUAUUUUCUCACAGAAGGCCGACCUGGCCUAUGUAUUUGGUCUUGUUAUUUUUUGACUUGUUUAGUGUCAACAAUUCUUCUUAUCUUCUGGGCAUUUGGGUUGUUGUAAUUGUAUGUGCCCUUAUUGGAGAAGAGUGUUGUACCUAUGUCCCAGAGUUUUCACAGGACAUUAACAAGCACAUCUUGUCAGCUGAACGGGCCUUUAACCAGUGGAAGGCACAGGAAGGAGAACCCACUAUUUUGGAUUCCCUUUGGGGUUGGAUACCUGGUUUAGGGGAACUAGGGAUAUAGGGGGAAGCAUUGUUCGCAUCUUGCUCACAGGUGUGGUGAUAUGUUUUGUUCUUGUUCUUUUGCUCAUUUGCUGUAAAGUGCUCAUACGUAAGAUUUGUACCUCCCAUACCCCAGAAGUUCCCUUAUACCCUCUCAUUGAUAAUCCUGAUUGCAUGGAGCUUAAUCGCAUUUUGUCUUUAGAGUAUGAGAAAACUCUGACAAAGGUUUGUUGAGUGUUCUCAAAGGAGGGAUUGUUGGGGUCCACUAGGCAUAGCUACCAGGUAACUCGGGAGAGUGGAAGGCCACAAGUGCCGAUGAAGCUCUUUUGCUCUGGGUCUGUGAACCACAGUGACUCCAUCUUGGGAACUCUCACCUACUUCUAUACUAACUGCUUACAUGCUCUGAAGUAGGCUGAAGCAGAAAUGUAAUGUCAGCUUUUUAGCAGAUGGCUGCAGUUUCACUCACACUAGCAGAAAUAAUAGAGAUAAGAAGCGGGGUAGUUAGUUUGCAGGCGUCUAACUCAAGGUCGCAAAGACUGAGAAAGUUUUCUCACAAGCUUCUGUAGAGCUUAUUGUAACAGUUGUCUGGAAGGGAGGGGUAAGGGGGAACAGCCAGACAAAGAGAUGUAUGCAAACAGUUUGAAGUAUAAAAGGUAAAAGUUGUUUGUAUUUGUUGCACUGGAUUUGAGACAUGCUGGUCUCCUAGUGCCAUUUCAGAGCUCUGAAAUAAACUUGGCUUGCUUUCUC